CUUGUAGGAUAUUCAUUGUGGAUCCAUGAAGGGCACAGGCGUGCGACCUCCUCACCCAGGAAUGGGCCCUCCUCAGAGUCCGAUGGAUCAACACAGCCAAGGUUACAUGUCACCACACCCAUCUCCAUUGGGAGCCCCAGAGCACGUCUCCAGCCCUAUAUCUGGAGGAGGCCCAACCCCACCUCAGAUGCCACCCAGCCAGCCAGGACCCCUCGUUCCUGGUGAUCUGCAGGCGAUGAACCAGCCCAACAGAGGUCCCUCACCUUUCAGUCCUGUCCAGCUGCACCAGCUUCGAGCUCAGAUUUUAGCUUACAAAAUGUUGGCCCGGGGCCAGCCCCUUCCCGAAACAUUGCAGCUUGCAGUCCAGGGAAAAAGGACGUUGCCUGGCCUGCAGCAGCAACAGCAACAGCAGCAGCAGCAGCAGCAGCAACAGCAGCAGCAGCAGCAGCAACAGCAGCAGCAGCAGCAGCAGCAACAGCAACAGCAGGCACCACAGCCACAACCCCAGCAGCAGCAGGCAACUCUUGUUAGCUACAACAGACCAUCUGGCUCUGGGCCUGACCUGCUGGGUGGCCUCAGCACCCCACAGAAGCUGCCAGUGCCUACUCCCAGCGGCCGCCCUUCACCUGCACCCCCAGCCACCGUGCAGCCACCUGCGGCCUCAGUGCCUGGGCCCUCAGUACAGCAGCCUGCGCCCGGGCAGCCCUCACCCGUCCUGCAGCUGCAACAGAAGCAGAGUCGCAUCAGCCCCAUCCAGAAACCACAAGGCCUGGACCCAGUGGAGAUCCUGCAGGAGCGGGAGUACAGACUUCAGGCUCGCAUAGCUCACAGGAUACAAGAACUAGAAAAUCUGCCUGGCUCUUUGCCACCAGAUUUACGAACCAAAGCAACCGUGGAACUGAAAGCACUUCGGUUACUCAAUUUCCAACGUCAGCUGAGACAGGAGGUGGUGGCCUGCAUGCGUAGGGAUACCACCCUGGAGACGGCUCUGAACUCCAAAGCUUACAAACGGAGCAAGCGCCAGACUCUGCGAGAAGCCCGCAUGACGGAGAAGCUGGAGAAGCAGCAAAAGAUUGAACAGGAAAGGAAGCGCCGGCAGAAACACCAGGAAUACCUGAACAGCAUUUUGCAACAUGCAAAAGAUUUCAAGGAAUACCAUCGCUCUGUGGCUGGAAAGAUACAGAAACUUUCCAAAGCAGUGGCAACUUGGCAUGCCAACACCGAAAGGGAGCAAAAGAAGGAGACAGAGCGGAUUGAAAAGGAAAGAAUGCGGAGAUUGAUGGUAAGAAGCCCCUGAAGGAGACCAGGAAGAUGCUCUGGUCACAUCCUUCUGUACGGAGAAUGUGACAUAUGGCAGUAGGACAAGGAGAAAGUGAACGCUGAUUAUCAAAUGUGUUUAUAAGUUUCUUUGAACUUCUGGAGGACGGAGUGAGAAUUUUUUCUUCUAGACACAAAUCCAGGGCCAUACCUGAUGAGUAUAGUGUUUCUGUGUCCUAGGGUUCCAUUGCUGUCUACAUUAUAGUUUUUCAUGUGAAGGCAGGUACUGUAUUUUGCAAAAGUUUGAUAACCAGAUCUAGAAGAAUGACAAAUGUAGUUCUUUUAAAAAUAUGACCUCUUUGAGAUGAAUGAGUAAGUUUUUUCAAUGAGAAAUUCAUUAGGCCAUGUCUUUGAAUCCAAGAAACUCUCUUC